GCAGUUCAUGCGCUUGAGGAAGGCUACCUUAUUAGGUACCUAAUAAUCGGCCAGCAAAGUCGCCGCUCCGCACCGUCGCGACUUGCUCCGAGAUGCACCCAAGGACGCCAUGGAUUUUUGGUCGCGCCUCUUAGCACACACGCCGCUGUCGUCGGCCAACUCCCGGAAGGACUUUGCCAAAGAUCCUGCCCGUCGCCUGCACCGCUUCGAGAAGGAGUACAGCCAGCUGCUGGUGAGCAUGGACUGCCUUACAAAGAACCCGCCAGACAGACAGUAAGACAGACCAAGCUGACCUCUCCAGCACGCAUGGCGCAGUUCUUCCAAUCUCGCCCACGACAAUGAAGCUGCCGAAUACAUCGAGAUCCGCCUCCAGGAGCUGACGAACCUCCUGAACGAUGAGUCUCGCCGACCGCUGCCCCACCCCUGCAUUGCCUUCGCCGCCGCCAAGCAGGUCUACAUCCCGGUGGCCAAGAUCGCCCUCAGCUCCUUCAAUGAGUGGGUCAUCAAGGAGGCCGUCCUCUUCUUUGCGAGCCUGGUCGAGAGCGAGGAGGAAGCCUUUGUGGAGAAGGAGACCUUUGCGGCCAGUCUGACGAACCUGCUGGUCCGCAUAACGGGCGCCAACAGCCUC